UUUAUAACAUGAACAAUGAACACGUUAAGGAGAUAUAGGUGCAAGUUAAUAUCACCGCCAGUACCCUCCCAACCCUUCUUGAAUUGUUUUAUUUUUUUUAUUAAAAAAAAAAAUAAAAAACCCCCCACAACUUCGGGCACAACUUUUCCCAACUUAACACAUUAAUUAAAAAUAUGAUCUGAGAUUAGUUUUCAAGAAACAUCUCAUUAGUUUUCGUUUUAUUAUUAUUUAUGUCCCCAAGAUGGUAUUGCUAUCUCCCACAACUAAUAUUUUUUUACUUCCCAAACUUCCAGUAAAAACAGAUCAUUUAAAAAUAAUUAUCACUCCAUGACAAGAAUAAGCCCUGACUACUCUGUGAACAUGGGCUACAAGGACACUAAACCAAGUGGGGAUCUGCGCCAUGCUAGGCACCUUCGAUUGGAGGGCAGAGAAUCCGGGAAAGGCAAGAAACAAGCAGCUUCUGCAUUACUGGAUUUGUCAAACACGGAAAAUAUAUUUGAGACACAAGCUGAAGAAUUGCAGCCACAUGUCGACAUACACAGUGGCUGUAUUAAAAAAAUUGCUGCCCUGCGAAUAGAAAACCAGCAGCUAUAUGAAGAGUUAGGGAGACUUCAAACAGAGAAUGCGAUUUUAAAACAGAAUGAAAGUCGACUGAGUUUUGAGGAGCAGAUGACAUCCAGUGAUCAAAGAAUUCAGUUUUAUACAGGUCUACAGUCAAAAGCUCUAUUUGUAUGGCUGCUGUCAUUUUGCUUCCUGGCACUUCCAGCGUGCAAAGUUCUAAGCCCAACAUGUGUAAUGAUGUGUAUAAUAAUGAAACUUAGGUUGAAUCUCCAGCACCAGGACUUGGCGUAUAGGUUCAGUGUGUCUGUGACCACAAUAUCCAACAUUCUUAACCAGGGACUGCCAAAAUUAGCAGAAAAACUUUCAUUUCUGAUUCAGUGGCCUGAUAAAGACAGUCUGAUAAGAAACAUGCCUAAUGUUAUUAAAAUAACCUGCCCAAAAUGUGUGAGCAUCAUUGAUUGUUUUGAAGUUUUUAUUCAGAGACCCGGUCAACUUACAGGUAGGGCUCAAACAUGGUCAAAUUAUAAACAUAACACCAUUAAAUUUCUUGUGUCUAUAACACCAACGGGGGCAAUUUCUUAUGUAUCACGGGCUUUUGGUGGUAGAACAUUGGAUAAAGUUAUUACUCAGAGAAGUGGUUAUUUGGAUAAAUUGGAAUAUGGGGAUCAAGUUUUAGCAGACAGAGGAUUUCUGAUAGCAGAAGAUUUAGCAAACCGUAAUGCAACACUAGUAAUACCAGCCUUCACUAGGGGAAAGUCACAACUUAGUGCCAGAGAGGUUGAGCAGACCAGAAAAAUAGCAAAUGUGCGGAUACAUGUGGAACGAGCCAUUGAAAGACUGAAAAACUGUAAUAUUUUGAGUAGCAGCACGAGUUUAUACAUGGUUCCACAUGCAGACAGCAUAGUCACAAUCUGUUCAGCAUUAUGUAAUUUACAACCAAAACUUCUUUCUUAGGUUUUUACCUGUAUUAUGCUUUCAAAUGGUACAUAUUGUAAUUCUCCUUUUUAGUUGCAUGAAAUGAGACUAAAUAAAUGUAACUUAAACAGAAAAAGAAUAUAUUGCAUUUUUUAAAAUAUAAAUUAAAUAAAUAGUUUGGCAUA